UUAUUAACGUUGGCUGUGGAGAAAAACACAGGCGCCAUUUUGGCUCAAAGAAACUCAGUUUUGCACUUCUUUGCCAAGGAAUAUUUGUCUUGUUUAGGAAUAUAUAUGAUCUGACAUGUGCUUGUAAUGCGUGUUAUGAACGGCAACAAUUUUUAAGUUGUUUUAUUUAAACGAUUAUAUGACUGACAGGCAGAAUAUAGUUAUCUAACGACGUGCCAGGUUGUUAAUAGCUAAUUGUUGCUAAUCUUUAUUUUUUUCCCUGACCGUUUUUGGGACGUUCGAUGUGAUUGGCUAGAAUUCAUUUACAUAGAACGUCCGCCAAUCAGAUCACGGUUCACAGUACUGCCUUCCAAUCCUAGCGCACUAGGGGUGGGAUUUGCAUGAAAACGGGUAGAGAGAAUAUCGCUAAGAUAAUUUGGCUAAAACAAUGGGUGGAUGUUCUGCUCCGAAUUGCUCCAAUUCGACAACCAUCGGAAAGCAACUUUUCCGUUUUCCAAAAGAUCCGAUUCGGAUGAGAAAGUGGCUGAUAAACUGUCGAAGGGACUUCGUGCCAACCCCGUGCUCCAGACUCUGCCAGGAUCAUUUCGAGGAAAGUCAGUUCGAAGAAAUCGCCAGGUCACCGACAGGAGGAAGGAAAUUGAAACCCAACGCAGUUCCCACACUGUUCAACGUCCCGAACCCGCCGUCGCCCAUCGCCCAGCACACACACUCCACCCUGCCUCUGAAACCUGAGCCAGCAGAGAAAGAAUUAAAGUUUGGCGAUCAUGGUUACGCUCGCCGGCAGCCGAGAGCGGAGUUCGAGGAAGACGAGCUGCAGAGAGCAGAGGAAGAGCGGCCGUGUUCUCUGUGUCAACAUUAUAAAACACAGCUGGAGCAGCAGCAGCAGCACACAGCCAGGCUGCAGAGAGAGGUGGAGGAGAUGAAGAAGCGCUUGCACAGGCUCAGCAGGAUGGAGAAAGGACUGCAGAUGUUCCUGUUCGAGGACCAGAUCCGAGCUCUGACGCUGACCAAGCGAUCACGCCGUGCUGUCUGGUCCCACGACACUGUCCUGACCGCCCGGAAGAUCCGCUGUGCCGUCGGCGUCAAAGGAUAUGAGUUCCUGAGAGAGCUCGGCUACCCGCUGCCCUCGUACCGGACCCUGUGUAACCGACUCGAACCCAAAAUGAUGAUGAGCGCGAGCAUGCAGGAGGACCUGGCAGAACUCGGGCUGGGGAUCAUCACCGCCUGCGACAGUCCUGACGAAAAUGCGACCAGUGACGAAGGACUGAUCGGAAUGAUGACAUAAGACUGGCUUGUUUUGUUUGUUUGUGUGUGUGUUUUUAUUUUUGACUGAAUAAACUACUACGACUUCGCAUAUAAGCACACAGGCUUUAGCAUUUUAUUUUUUUUCUCAUCAUGUAAAUGUUUAUUUAUUGCACGACAGCGGACUCUGAUCGGUCAGAAUUGUGGACUCUGAUCGGUCAGAAUUGUGGACUCUGAUCGGUCAGAAUUGUGGACUCUGAUCGCUCAGAAUUGCGGACUCUGAUCGCUCAGAAUUGCGGACUGUGAUCGGUCAGAAUUGCGGACUCUGAUCGCUCAGAAUUGCGGACUGUGAUCGGUCAGAAUUGCGGACGGUGAUCGGUCAGAAUUGCGGACUCUGAUCGCUCAGAAUUGCGGACUGUGAUCGCUCAGAAUUGCGGACUGUGAUCGGUCAGAAUUGCGGACGGUGAUCGGUCAGAAUUGCGGACUCUGAUCGCUCAGAAUUGCAGACGGUGAUCGGUCAGAAUUGCGGACUCUGAUCGCUCAGAAUUGCGGACUGUGAUCGGUCAGAAUUGCGGACGGUGAUCGGUCAGAAUUGCGGACUCUGAUCGCUCAGAAUUGCAGACGGUGAUCGGUCAGAAUUGCGGACUCUGAUCGGUCAGAAUUGCGGACUGUGAUCGGUCAGAAUUGCGGACUGUGAUCGGUCAGAAUUGCAGACGGUGAUCGGUCAGAAUUGCGGACUCUGAUCGCUCAGAAUUGCAGACGGUGAUCGGUCAGAAUUGCGGACUGUGAUCGGUCAGAAUUGCGGACUGUGAUCGGUCAGAAUUGCAGACGGUGAUCGGUCAGAAUUGCGGACUGUGAUCGGUCAGAAUUGCGGACUCUGCUUAGUCAGAAGAUGUUGAUUAAUUUUCUAGAACAGCAGCUCUGCCAGCCAUAAAUCAUAGCUUUAUUUAUCAUUAAUAUGUGCGUUCUCAUUGUUUCUAUAGUAACGGCUCACUCAUUGGGACUGAAGCUCCACAUGAUCCUGUGAGGAGAUGUUUAUUGGUCGUUUAUGGAAGGAGUCUCCAGUGUCAGAUCUUUGGAACGGUCAGAAAUAAAAGCAGGAACAUCAUCAGGACAGAGAUUACACUUUAUGAGAAGAGAACAAAGAAACGUCUACUUUUUCAUUAAAUGUAACUAUAAGUGGAUAAAAACUAUGAUGCCUUUUUUAAUUAAAAUCCCGGAUCUUUCUGACAUCUCACAGUCGUUACGUACGGCACUGUUUCUGUUUCUAGCUGAAGGAGCAUGAUGGUGUGUAUUAGUACAGAGGACUAAAGAAAAGAAAAUAACAACACCGAAAUGGCGGAGCAGGAGCUCGAAUAAUCGUGUAGGAGAAAUUUUAUUUCAAAUAUAAAACUGCAAAAUGUAUGAAAACGUCCAAAACAUGGUUCAUCACAACGAGGUUACACAGAAUAAAAAAUUAUAAA